AUGAAUAUUCAUCACAUGCAUCAUAAUAAUGUCUUGCAGGUACUGAAGUCACCACUGGGUGCUGCAAGCUGAGUCCCACACUGAGUCACAUGACUCCAGUCACGUGGUCAGGCUGCAUUUAUGUCCUCAUGGCUGUCAGGAUACUUCCGCCAUCAUCAGUCAGUGAGUGUGUGUGUGAGUGUGACAGAGAGGGAGAGGAGCCGGUGUUCAUGAUGGCCGAGGAUGCGAGUGUGUGUGAGGAGACUCUGACAGACAGUCUGAGUCUGCUGGUCAACCUGAGCAAAGUCCUUCUGCAGAACGCCAAGCAAGAAGCUCAAGAGUCUCUGGAGAGUUUUGUCCCGCAUAAGAUCACCACUCUGUUCGGCCUGAUCACGGCCGGAGCGCAGUUCUACAAAAGACUCGGAGUCAAGAAGAGGAGAGAGGCAGAGGCCGUCUGGCAGAAGUCUUAUCACCUUGCAGCAGUGAGAGAGCAGGUGGAGGAGCUCCUGCAGGUGGAGGAUGAGUGGGACUCCUUCCUGGACGGCGUGGACAAAGGUCUGCAGACGACAGACCGACAGUUGGCAGGACCAGGAGCACAGAUCGCAGACAGCCUGAGCCCGGAGACUCCGCUCACUGACGGACGGAGCGGAAAGAGCGUGACUCUGGGUCAGUACCUGGAUCGGGGUAAGAAGCUGCUGCUGGUUCUCAUCAGACAUUUUGGAUGACUACCGUGACGAGACCACGUGGCCGAGCUGGAGGCCAAUCAGGCGCUCCUGAAGGCUCGGUCAGUGCAGGUCUUGGUGGUGUCUUUCGGCAGCGUGGAAGGAGCUCGGCUUUGGUUGGAGCAGACCGGAUCCAGAUUUGACAUCAUGCUGGAUCCACAGAGAAAGAUCUACAGGAGCUUCGGCCUCGGCUCGUCCUACGCCAAGGUGAUGAAGUUCGACUGCCUGCUGCAGUACUCGGAGUACGGAGCCGUGGGCAGGGACUUCCCUGACGUCCCCCCUCACCUGCUGGAAGAUAUCUACCAGAUGGGAGGCAACUUUUUGCUGGACGAAGCAGGGAAGGUCGUUCUUUGUCACCCGUGUAAAAACCCUCUGGACAGGCCGACCGCGAAGGACAUCCUGCAGGCGGUGAACCCAACGAAGCUGUGAAUCAACAACCAAACGGACACCACAGAAGGAGAGCAGCUCUCUGACUCACGUUUAUGACGUCACGCCUCGCACUCACGACGCCGUGAAGAGGCGUGACCGAUGCCGAACCGUAGAGCAGAGACAGCCGAGCUUCUUUGUCGUGUCAGCGUUGCGAUGGGAGCAAUUUAAAAUACUGUUACCUGAUGUGAAGGCUUCACUUUAAAGGCGCUUUAAACAGAUUUUUGCGCCUCCAAGUGGCAGAAAGAGGAACUUCUCUCCAUAAAUCAUGUUACCUCUGCCUACCUCAUGAUUUUUUUUAAUCUCGUCUUUAACUAUAGAUGUAUUUUUAGAGGGAAAGGCAUGUUUACAGUAGAAAAAACAACAUAUAAGUGCCUCUACAGAUCUGAUUUUUCCAUAUCUAUAUAUAUGAAAUAAGUGUAUACUGUAAUUUAUCAUGAACUGAGCGGUUUGAUGUAAAUCACUCAGGAUGACAACUCUAGAUUUCUGAUUAAACCUUAAAAUGUGACAGAAGAAUCAAAAAAAUGUGAAGUACUAAAUGUUGGCCUUGAGUAUCUGCUCAUAUUUGUAGUCUUGUUGUUAUUAUUGAUCAGAUUGUUCCUGAUUUUAAUUAAAAAAAAUGCUAAUUUUA